UGAUACUAAUGUUAAACACGGAAAAAUCAAUUUGAUAUUUGAUAUUAAAGGCUGUUGCAGAGUUACACAUUAAAUAUCACUCAUUUAAGUUCACCAAUCCCAUCUCAGAAGAUUUUGACAUUUGUGUCAACUUCCUGCAUAUUGCAAGUUCCUUUUUGUGUAAAUACAUGAACCAUUACCACAAACACACAGAUGCAUCAGGAGUGCAACGGAAUUUCACUUAGGAAACAGUAUUAGUUAGGUAGAUAGGACUUAUAGCUUUGUUUAAUACUUCUCAUUUACGCUUCAAAAUAGCCAUCAAUACUUGCAUGGAUAAUGUCUGGGCAUUUUAAUGAAGGUAUGGAUACAGGUUCGAUAAUGGACUCAGAAGACAGAAUAGAGAAGGAGGUUGAUAUCUAUGUGAGUGCUGAGGCUGUAAGAGAUAUGAAACAUAAGAAAGACAAAGAUGAUUUUGACAACAAAACACUGAAAAUCCAAACAACUCAACACACAGGAAGUGAUUCAGUGAGGAAGAGAAGCUCCAGAGCAGCUGUAGUGUGUUUGGUGCUGCUGUGUGUUCUUCUGCUGACUGCAGUCAUAGUGCUGUGUGUCACACUCGCUCAAGAGAGACAACAGUUCAUAACCAAGAAUGAAAACCUGACCAAUGAGAGAAAGCAGCUAAUACUCAAGAUCACAAACCUGACCAAUGAGAGAGAGCAGCUAAUACUCAAGAACACAAACCUGACCAAUGAGAGAGAACAACUAAGAAGUGAACUUCAUUUCUGUGUUAAUUGGACUUGCUAUCAAUCCAGUUUUUACUACAUGUCCAAAGAGAAGAAGAACUGGACUGAGAGCAGAAGAUACUGUACAGAGAGAGGAGCAGAUCUGAUCAUCAUAAACAACAGAGAGGAAAAAGAUUUCAUUCACAACAUGUCUGGUAAUGCUGUAUUUUAUAUUGGCCUGACUGACAGUGAAGCGGAGGGCAGAUGGAAAUGGGUAGACAACAGCACACUGAACUCUAGCUUCUGGGCAUCAGGAGAGCCAAAUGGAGGACAAGUCGGUGUAGAAGAGGACUGUGUUGUGACUGUAGCUGUGCCACAGCCAGGCUGUCGCAACAUCUUUGGUGACCUGCUGAAGGCAGACACUGUCUUUCUCAACCUCGACAGUGAUCCAGACACACGGUCUAUAUCCAGGCCCUUGUUAAUGGCAAGUGUUGAGCCCAACACAGCCCAAACUCCAGCUCUGCAUGUCCCAGGUUUCAGUGACAAAUUGCAGAGUUACUGCCAUGAACGUGGAAGUGGCUCUGCUUGUCCACAGAUCAGUGGUGCAUGA